AUAGCACCUGCUCGGAACACUCACCCCGACAGCUACAUCGUGAGCUAAGAGGCUUUACUCGUGGAUCCUAGAAACCUUCCCUCAGCCUUGAAGCAACAACGGUCCUGCUUUGCCAUCCCACGGCAGCAAGCUCUAGGUCGUUCAGCACACCCGUCGCGACGAGCCUCUUUGGCGCAGCUCUUCCCUGUCCCCAUCCUCUCGCGUAAACCUCAACCCUGUCUCCCCGCACCCUAGCGCCCGUGAGCAGUGCGCUGCGCGCGUCGCCCAUCGCCCCAUGCACUUCGACCCCUCCGCGUCUCUCCCGGCAGCCCGCUCGCCGCAUCUCGCUCGCCCCGCGCGGGUCUCCAACCUCUCCUCCGCCCUCCGCGCCGCCACCCCCGCUAUCGCUGACGGCGCAACUUUCGUUGCGGGAAACGAAUCUGCAGGCGCAGGCGCGGCGGGAAGCGCGCCAAGCGCAGAGGCCGCGGGGGGAGGGUGGGAGGGGGGCGCGGGGGCGGGUAACGCGAGGCAGGACGGGGUGGGCGGGUUUUCGGCGGAGUCACAGGAUUUCUGGGUGGUGACGGGGUGGGGGGUGCCGACGGGCGUGGCGCGCGGAUUAGGGUUUACGGCGGCGCAGGCGGAGGCGGCGGCGGCGACAGGCAGGAAGGCGGUGGCGCAAAGGGGCGCGCGCGAGAUGGCAGCUCCAGCGACCAUGGCGGUGCAACCCGCGGGGACUCAUGGCGCGCGCGCGCAAGACGCGGCGGCAGCAGGGCUGUCUGGCGGGGAAGGCGGCGGCGGCGGCGGGUGGAGCGUGCUGGAGGAGUUCGGGCGGUGGCGGCGCGAGGACCCGACGACGGCCGUGGCGGUGGCCGCCGUGAAGGCGCUGACGUCCGUGAUCGAACGAAGCGAAGCCACGACCGUGAUGGGGCUCGAGGUGGAGCUGCGACGCGCAUGCGACGACCUCAAGCGCGAGAGCAGCGGGUGCAUAUCGCUGCGCGCAGCGUGCGACAUCUUCCUGUGCUUCGUGAGCCGCACGUCAGUGGAGGCGGACGACCUGCCCGCCGCCAAGGCACGCCUGAUAGAGCGAGGCCAGCGCUUCAGCGGCAUCUCCCUCAAUGCGCGGCGCACCAUAGCGAUGCUAGGGCAGGAGUUCAUCACGGACGGCUCCGUCAUCCUCACCCACGGCUUCUCCCAGGUGGUGCUUGCGCUGCUGUCUGAGGCAGCAGCACGCGGCAAGUUCUUCUCAGUCAUUGCCACUGAGGGGCGCAUGGAUGCGGCGGGGCAGCGCAUGGCAGGGCAGCUGCAGCGGGGCGGGGUGCCGGUGGCGGUGGUGGUGGAUGCAGCCAUGGGCGUGGCGGUGCAGCGCUGCGACAUGGUGCUGUGCGGCGCUGAGGGCGUGGUGGAGAGCGGCGGCGUGCUGUCAGCGGUGGGCGUGUUCCCCCUGGCAAUCGUGGCCAAGGCCAUGGGCAAGCCCUUCUACGUCGCCGCCGAGAGCUACAAGUUUGCGCGCAUGUUUCCCCUGGACCAGAACGACUGGGAGCACGGCAUCAGCGCGCUGCCCUCCAGCACGCACUCACCAAACACCCUCGCUGCCACCGCUGCCUCAGCGCCCUCUACAUCGCCAGAAGCACUAGCAGUGGGGCUGGUGGCGGCAGAGGCAGCGCCGGUGGGUCCGAAGAGGGAGUACGCGCCGCCGGACCUGCUGACGCUGCUGUUCACGGACCUGGGCGUGCUCACCCCUGCCGCUGUCAGCGACGAGCUCAUCCAGCUCUACCUCUGACCCGCUCCCUGCCACCCCACCCCACUGGCGAAUUGAAAGGUUCCAAGCCAAGUUGAGGCAGAAGCUCAUUGGUAGUCGACACGUUGAAGGGAAAUCAAAUACCCAUAUUCGCCCGGAUAGAAGGUCUGGUCGCAUAGAAUGUCAACUUAUACGUAUUAGCUAUGUAGAAGUUAUAGGCUAGACUGAGGUAUGCUUCUAGUGAGUACAACCAACUAGUAUUUGUUCUAGGUUUUCACUUCUAGUCCAUCAUUCGGUUCUC